AUGGCCCUGCUUCCGCCCCUCUUCUUAGCGCUCCUGGCAGGUGCUCAUGCCGAGCUCCCGGGAUGCAAGAUCCGCGUCACCUCCGCGGCGCUGGAGGGGUGGUAAGGUCUCCGUGCUACCUCAGUGAAGCAGGAGGGGCUGCGCUUUCUGGAGCAAGAGCUGGAGACCGUCACCAUCCCGGACCUGUACGGCAGUAAGGGCCACUUCUACUACAACAUCUCCGAGGUGAAGGUCACACAGCUGCAGUUGAUAUCCUCGGAGCUCCACUUCCAGCCAGACCAGGAGCUGUUGCUGCACAUCUCCAACGCGUCCUUGGGGCUGCACUUCCGGAGACAGAUUCUCUACUGGUUCUUUUAUGAUGGGGGCUACAUCAAUGCCUCGGCCGAGGGUGUAUCCAUCCGCACAGGUCUGAAGCUCUCCCAGGAUCCUGCUGGUCGGAUUAAAGUGUCCAAUGUCUCCUGCGAGGCCUCUGUCUCUAAAUGGAUAUGGCCUUCGGGGGGAACCUUCAAAGGAAUAUAUAACUUCUUCUCCAUCAUCACUUCCGGGAUGCUCCUCCUCAACCAGCAGAUCUGCCCUGUGCUCUACCACGCUGGGACAGUGCUGCUCAACUCUCUCCUGGAACACGGUGCCGUGCGUAGUCCUGUGGAUGAUCUCGUUGGCAUCGACUAUUCCCUCCUGAAGGAUCCUGUGGUCUCCAAUUGGACCCUGAACUCCCAAUUCCAGGGAACAUUCUUCCCCUUGACUGAUGGGAACUGGAGCUUCUUCAACAGGGCGGUGGAGCCACAGUUGGAGGAGGAAGAGAGGAUGGUGUAUGUGGCCUUCUCUGAGUCCUUCUUUGACUCCGCCAUGGAGAGCUACUUCCAGGCUGGAGCCCUGCAGCUGACGCUUGUGGGGGACAAGGUGCCAAGUGACCUGGACAUGCUUCUGAGGGCCACCUACUUUGGGAGUAUUGUUCUUCUGAGCCCUACAGUGAUUAACUCCCCACUGAAGCUGAAGCUGCAGGCUGUGAGCCCUCCGCGUUGCACCAUCAAGCCCUCGGGCACCACCAUCUCAGUCACUGCCAGCGUCACCAUCACCUUGGCCCCACCCAUGCUGCCUGAAGUCGAGCUCUCUAAGAUGAUCAUGGAAGGGCGUCUCAGUGCUAAGAUGACACUCCGGGGCAAGGCGCUGCGAACGAAGCUGGAUCUUCGCAGGUUUCAGAUCUACUCAAAUCAGUCUGCGCUGGAGUCUCUGGCACUGAUCCCACUGCAGGCCCCGCUGAAAACGCUGCUGCAGAUUGGAGUGGUGCCCAUGCUCAAUGAGCGGACCUGGCGUGGGGUGCAGAUCCCCCUCCCCGAGGGCAUCAACUUUGUGCGGGAGGUGGUGACCAACCACGCGGGCUUCCUCACCGUUGGGGCUGACCUCCACUUUGCCAAAGGGCUUCGAGAAGUGAUUGACAAGAACCGUCCUGCCACCGUUGUGGACUCCAGUGUCACCCCACCCUCUGUAGCGGCUGCCUGAAUCCUUCAUCCCUCCCAGGCAGCUGGCAUUCAGGAAUUGAGUCUUCUCGGCAUCAGCCCUGGCCCCCUUGUACCCAUAGCCUGUAGUGUCCCCAAUGCCACAGAGAAGAAUUCAGUUGGAAGCUAUACCCGAUUUAAUUUCAUAAUCACUCAGCCAUCAAUUACAAUCCAUCCACCCCUCUU